AGGCACCUCUAAAAAGAUAUCUCUUGACUGACUGAAAAUAACAUGACAGAAAAUGAAAUCACUAGUAAAUAAAAAUUUCCGCUAAGAAUUGAUUUCAUUGAAAUUUCCACUUCCCCGAGAUAUAAAAAAUCGUCUCUAAUUUGAGACGGUGUAAAUGCAGUCCAUGCUCUCUGGAUUGACUUCACAUGUAUGGAAAUUUGAGCCACUUUCCCAGUUAGAAACCUCAUUCAAUUCAUUUCCUCCCUGAUUUGUAGAGUCCGAGCUCUUUGGGUGAUCCUCUAAUACUACAGAAGGAAUCGGGUGAUUCGGAAAGAUGAACAUGGGUGGACAUGCUCUUCUGAUCCCCCUUCCUUUCCAGGGCCAUAUUAAUCCCUUGAUGCAGCUCGCCUGGAAGCUCGUCUCCCAUGGUUUCCUCGUUACCUUCCUCAACACCGAUUUCAAUCACAACCGCAUAAUGCAAGCCAAUACUAGAAACCCUAUCCAUAAUAACUGGGAUGGCAUCCGAAUGAUAUCCAUUCCUGAUGGAUUGCCGCCCGAUGACAAACGCACCAAUAUUCCAAAUCUAUUGCAAGCAUUAGAUAACAGCAUGGCACCUUCCGUAAUUAAGAGCCUUAUUGAGGAGAUCAACGAGAGGGAAGAAGAGCACAAGAUCACCGGUAUAAUAGUAGAUGCAAUGACAUGUUUCGGGUUAAAGGCGGUAGCCGAUUUCUAUCAGAUUCCUCUCUUUGCUUUCCACGCAUCGCUUGUCGCCAACUGUGCCAUCCGCUACUUCAUUCCGAGGCUCGUCUCUCUUGGAACCCUUGCUCAGGAUGGAGCUCCCAAGGAAGAGAACAAAGUAAGGUAUAUUCCCUCCAUGCCGCCUCUGCGAUCUGGAGAUCUUCCCUGGCUGUUCGGCGGAGAGAAGAUGUUUAAGAGAUGCAUCCAGAUGGGAGAAAGUAUAAAGCAGAUCAAGCGGGUACUCACCAACUCCUUUUACGAGCUUGAGAGUCCAGUGGUGGAAGAAUUAUCCAGAGAGGUGGAAGUGUACCCAAUUGGUCCUUUGAUUCCUGGGGAAUUUCUGGAGGGCGGUAAGAGGAGUACGGGUAAGGCCCUCCCAAGCUUCUGGGCAGAUGAUGUGGAAUGUCUAGAGUGGUUAGACAAACAGUCUACCCAAUCUGUGAUCUAUGUAUCCUUUGGAAGCCUCGCAGUGUGGAGCCAAAUCCAAAUGGAGGAGUUCGCAGCGGGGUUAGAGGCUACCCUGAGACCAUUUAUGUGGGUUGUGCGGUCGGAUCUAAUGGAGGACGGCAAGCCCACUACUCAACCGGGAUUUUUAGAACGCGUGAGAGACCGGAGCUGCAUAGUUUCGUGGGCGCCACAGUUACAGGUGUUAUCACAUCCUUGUAUCGCUUGCUUUGUGACUCAUUGUGGAUGGAACUCUGUACAGGAGAGCAUCACCAUGGGCGUGCCCAUGCUCUGCUCGCCUUAUUUCAUAGAUCAGUUUCUUAACCGAACAUAUAUUGUGGAUGUCUGGAAGAUUGGACUGCCUCUGGAAUCGAAUAAGGAUGGAAUAAUAGAGAAGGGGGAGAUUGCUAGAGCCGUUGACAGGUUGCUAGUGGGAGAUGAUGGCGCAGAGAUAAGGAAGCACGUCACCAAAUUGCUGAGAACAAGUAGAGAUGUGGUGAAGGAAGGAGGAUCCUCAUUCAACAACUACAAUAAGUUUCUUCACCAGAUGAAGAAACAGCUUCUUGACUGAAAUAUUAGGCCGUCACUUCUUUAGUUUAUCAGAUUUUUGGUGGCGCUGAGGAGAAACUGGGAGGAUAUGUGGUCAUUCAGAUUCAUUUGGUUUAAUUUGAUUCCGUAGUGGUGAAAAUUGUGUAAUUGAUUUCUUUUUCAUUUGCUUUUGUCCUCAAGGGAAUGUCUUAAUGUAUAUAUGUAUAUGGUAUAAUUUUGUAUGAAAUUGGGUUGUUUUAAGUUCUUA